AUGAUGCAUCUGCCGGUCCUCUUGGCGCUGCUAGGCCCUCUGGCGGCGACAGUGACAGCGACAAACAGCAGUUCGACGGGUCCGGACGCGGACGGCAAGUACUGGAUCUACGGGACGGGGAUCCGGGCAUCAUUCAUCCCAUAUGGAGCGUCGGUGUCGAACCUGCUGGUGCGCGACCAAUGGGGCAUCGAGCGCGAUCUAGUGGGCGGGUUUGACAACGCGUCGUACUACGGCAUCGACCGACAGCACCCGCACUUUGGGGGGGUUCCGGGACGGUAUGCGAACCGGAUCCGCAACAGCUCGUUCGAGGUGGACGGGACGACGUACCACGUGCUACCGAACGAGAACCCAGAGCCGCCGCUAUACCCUGACGGGGUGGACACGCUGCACGGCGGGCCGCACGGCUGGGACUGGCGCAACUUUUCGGUGGUGGCGCACACGGCCAGCAGCAUCUCGUUCUCGCUCGUCGACCCGGCCGGCAGCCAGGGCUUCCCGGGUGAAGUGGAAGGCCUGGUGACGUACGCGCUGGGCGACCACACGUGGCAGCUGCAGAUGAGCGCGGCGGCGACGACGGCGCGGACACCGAUCAUGCUGAGCAGCCACGUGUACUGGAACCUGGACGGGUUCGCCAACAACGAGACCAACACGGUGCUCAACCACUCGCUGUACCUGCCGCACAGCGGUCUGCGUGUGGCCACCGACAGCAUCCUGAUCCCGACAGGCGACCUGGUGGCGAACCAGCCGGGCUCGGUCAACGAUUUCUGGACGACGCCCAAGCAGCUCGGCGCCAAUUUCAGCAGCCCGGCCCUGCGCGGCAACUGCGGCUUCAACUGCACCGGCUACGACACCUGCUACCUCGUCAGCCGAGAAGCUGGCACGUACGACUGGCGUGACAGCCUCGUGGCCCGGCUGCAGUCGCCCUGGUCUGGCAUCCAGCUCGACGUCUUCUCGGACCAGCAGGCCUUCCAGAUGUACUCAUGCAGCGGCCAGAACGGGUCCUUGGCGCUCAAGCGCACACAGGGCCUUUUUGGCGACGACGCGCCGUUUCCGCGCACUAUUCCGCAGUACGGCUGCGUCGUGCUCGAGGUCGAGGACUGGAUCGACGGGAUCAAUCAGCCCGCAUGGGGCCGCCAGGACCGCCAGGUGUUUGGACCGGGCGAUGCGCCGUUUGAGCUGCAGGCGACGUAUCGCUUCAGCAUAAACACGACUGCUGUGUAG